UUUUUUGGUACGGACCAGUCUUUCUUUCGACACCGCGUGCUGUUCUGCCACAUCCAAAAGGUGCGCGCUCGUGUCGGGUGCCGCUGGAAUAUUGAGCAAACUGAGCGCUGGAGCCAAUUCAGCGGUCACUUCGCGAUGUUCGAACUGGAAUCGGCUUCGGUGUUUGUUUCUGUGGUCGUCUUGAUCUGCUACGCCAUCGGGCGUUGGCUGAUCAGCGAGCGUAAAAAAUGUUUCAACGCCUUCGAAGGCACCGGCGUACCGACGCCUCCCCUUCGGAGUCUGAUCAACGGAAACACGGAUGAGUUCUUGAAACCGAGUCAGAUAGAAAGCCUUGGACGCUGGCUGAAGGAAUACGGUGAUGUUUUCGGUUUCUACUUGGGCGACGUCCCCUUCGUAGUCGUGAAGGACCCGGAGAUGAUAAGCGAAAUAUUCGCCAAAGAAUUCAACAACUUCAACAGCCGAGGGCACCUCUUGCGAAUCCAUGAGUUGGAACCGAUUCUGGAACGGAAUUUUGUGCUCACUGGGGGCCGCCAGUGGAAGACGACGAGAACCUGCAUGCAGCAGUUCUUCACGCCAGCGAAACUGAAAGUAGUGAUGCCCGCUCUGCUAGAUGCCCAGCGCGUGUUCUUAAGCAUUCUGGGAGAGGGUGCGGACAGCGGCGUCGAAAUGGACAUCGGGAGCCGCUGCGAGCGGCUCACCUUCGACGUCAUCAGCAAGAGCGGGUUCAAUCUGGACACCCAGGUUCAGCGCAGUCCGGAUAAUCCGCUCUUCCAGAAGGCGCUGCGGUGCUUCCCCGGUAUCAUGAGCGGCUUCAUGUAUAGCUUAGCCCUGUUUACCUUCACCACUUAG